AUGGAAAAAGCUGAGAAUUUAGUUGAGCUUAUUGAAGCUCAAACUCAUGUGUGGAAUGCAAUGUUCCACUUCAAGAAAUCUGCAUGUCUAAAGUGUGCAGUUGAGUUGGGAAUCCCAGAUGUGAUCAGUAAUCAUGGGAAGCCCAUCACACUUUCUGACCUGAUUUCUGUCCUCCCAAUCCACCCUUUUAAAUCUGCCCACAUUUUUCGCUUAAUGCGAUUCAUGGCUAACUCUGGAUUCUUUGUUGAAAACCCUCAAGGCUAUGCACUCACCUCUGCAGGUCAGCUUCUUUUGAAAGACGAGCCAUUCAAUGUACGGGCACACAUUUUUCUAUCAUGUGAUCCUGCACUGUUGAAGCCCUGGAAUCUCUUGACCGAGUGGUUCCAGAAUGAUGGUCCCUCUCCAUUUGAUACUGCAUAUGGGAAUAAUCUCUGGGAUUACAGCGCGCGAGAAGUUCGAUUUGGAAACAUGUUUAACGAGGCCGUGGCUAGUGAUAGUCAGUUGUCUGUAGAAGUGCUGAUGACCAAAUGCAAGUUUGUGUUUGAAGGCUUGACAACUUUUGCUGAUGUUGGGGGUGGUACUGGCAAAGUUGCUAAGGCCGUUGCCCAAAACUUUCCUAGCAUAAAAUGUACUGUAUAUGAUCUCGCACAUGUCGUUGCCAAUCAAGAAGGAGCUGAGAACUUGGAAUUUUUAGCUGGAGAUAUGUUUCGAAGUGUACCCCGUGCUAAUGCAAUCUUGCUCAAGAUGUUGGUUAUGCUCGGCCCUGCCAAAGGAAGAACUGGGAAGGAAUGGUCAAAAUUGUUUUCAGAUGCUGGAUUUAGUAGCUAUAAAGUAUAUCCAGUCUUGGGCAUGAGGUGUCUCAUUGAGGUUUAUCCCUAA